AUGAAUCAAGGCUGGCUUAUCGUCGCGUUGACAUCGCUUACAACCAUAUGUGGUUGUUUGGUGAUAUAUACUGAUGUAGUAUACAAAACCCUUUUCCCAGCUAGAUACAAGAAGAAGCCAUUCCAUAUCGCAAAUAAUACUCCAUUUCUUGUCUGUUCUUUGUCUCUUUCUGCCGGUUGUUUAACCUUUGUUUCCCUUAACAAACUUUUACCCACUGGCAUUAAGUACUUGAAGGAAGUUCCUUCAUUGAGAAGGGAUCCUAGAUUGCUAAAGGGCUCGGCGUUUGCAUGUUACGUCGCUGGUAUUGCCUGCUGCUCUUUACUUAACGUCUUGGUUCAUCUGUUCACCAGUGAGAGUAUCGUUCAUUGUGUUCACGAGAUUGAUAGUCCCGAGGGUCACCAUCAUCAAUACAUUCAUGAGUCACCUCAUGAUGAGCAUGAUGAUCACCAUGUUCACGAGGAUGAUGAAUGCUUUCAUAGCGAUGAUAUAGAAACCUGCUCAGGAAAUCAUAUCGACAUUAAUAAGCUUCAGGUUCAACGGAAAGCAGAAACCCCACGGACUACAGAAGGUUCCACGUCAUCUUCCACCAAUCCUGACUUGACUAUACUAGCCGGACCGGAGGCUGAACCGGAACUUGUUGAAAAUUGCAACGAGACCACUCCUCUAACGACAGUCUAUAAGCCUGUUGCAAUGGGUAGAGGAAUCAGUGUGGUUGAUUUGUCCUUGAAAGCACUCAAGGGUGAGAAAAUGGAGGGAGAUUGCUACGGAGAUAUGGCCUGCUGUUGCGAGGAAAUCGCCUGUAAGCACCAUCUUCAUCAGCAUCCUAACGGAAAGGGUCUUCAUUUUUGCAUCUUCCCGUCGACGGAGAACCAGAUCUUUUUUGAGCAAGAUAAUGGAGAAAUGAUGAGGGACAACGCUGAAUUGGUGAAGAAAUUCCCCGAGUUGGAGAUAAGAUCUCCUCUAAUCAAGGACACUGUCAACUAUCAGACUACUACCAAUUCUUCCAUGCGUAGAGCCAGUACCAACGAGCAUCAUGAGCAUCAUCACCACCAUAUUAAAACUCCUUUAGCUAGAUUACUCUCUAUUGGAGUCCAAACUACUUUAGCCAUCACGAUGCAUAAAUUCCCCGAGGGUUUCAUUAUGUACUCAACUUCGCAGGCAGAUUCGAGGUUGGGAUGGACCAUCUUCUUAUCGAUGUUUAUACAUAACUUCGUGGAAGGCUUUACUAUGACUUUACCGAUUUAUCUUGCUCUUGACUCUCGCUGGAAGGCUUUGCUUAUCAGUGGUAGUCUAGGUGGAAUGGCACAACCUAUAGGUGCAUUAAUUGGCUACUUUUUGUUCCGUCAUAACGGUGUGGAUGUCGAUGAUCCAUUCAGUAUGAUGCUAAUUGGUUGUUUGAUGGCUUUGACAUCUGGAUUUUUAACUUAUAUCGGAUUGCAGAUGUUGACCAGUGCAGUCUCUUUUGGAGGACGCCAAGAGACUGUUCUCAAGUGGACUAUUUCCGGUGUCUGCUUGAUUUUCUUUACUAAUGUAUUGAUGUGA